CAGACAUCUUUCCCGGGUUCCUCCGACUCCAAUUGCCAACUUCCAGGUAUAAAAAUCGUUAAAAAUGCUGGAGAGGAGUAAAUGUUGAGCCCCUGUUAUCCUGGAUUGGUGGAUCCCAUAAGCAGCGAAAUAUGGCAUCUGAGGGUCUGGAGUCGGAAGCUCACGAGAAAAACCUUUCCAUGGGAUAUUCCAAGUUUAAGAAUGGGACCGUUUUAACCUUCCAAUCUUCAAUCCCCCCAAGAACUCUUCCGAAAUGGGAAUAUGGCACCACCAGGCUUGAAUCAAGGGAUAUCUCUUCUUCCGGAUCGUUCUACCCUUUGGAGUUGGCAGGUCAAUUGGUAAUACCUCAGCCGGAUGUAAUCCAAAACCAGUUGUACCCAAUUUCCCAAAAUUUGGCGGACAAAAUAUUGAAGCAUCGCAAAGCUAUAGAUAACUCAUUAUGGGUGGCCACUGAGAAGCUCUCGCAGAACUUGGUAUCGCUGUUAUUGAUAUUUCUUGGUCCAAGCAGCAUUAGCGAUAAAGUCCAAGCCGAAAGCUGUGCGAAGUGGAUAGGUUCAGGGUUGAGAGGGGUUACGUCUCAUGAUGUUGACCCUCGUUCGCUACCCCCCAGCAUCCAGGAGUAUUACCCCUGCGACAAGUACUAUUUUCAUCCAGAAACUUGCAAAUUCCGUCCAACCCUUCCCCUUGAAUUCCCACACAGCAUGAAAUAUCGAGACAUGAAGUUCUUGAUGCGAGCUAACCUUGGUGAAGCCGAUUAUAAGGCUAGCAACGCGGAUGGAAAAAAUGGUACAGUUCAGAGUUUUCUUACCCAACACGGGCUUCCACUUUGCCGGUCGAUGCUAUCUGAAAUGGCAAAAUAUACGGCUAUACUGGGAGAUAUUUCCGACAUUAUCGCACCCCAGUAUCUUUCUGAUUUGUACUCUGCGUCACUUAUGGGCCCCUCUGUGAUUGAGUCGCAAAUACACAGGGAGUUGGUCUCUGGCGUCUCUUACUCGGUGGGGAUGGGUGUCCUGAGGAACCAUGCAUUGUCAUCGAACAAGGUAAGCUCAGAGAAGAUCAGGGUGGCGGUUAAUUCGAUUAUUUCGACGAACGAACCCCACAGCUUCCUCUCCGUGAACAAACUAGGGAUGGCUUCUUGUGUAAGCACUGCUGGUAAUCCUGAUACGUUUAUUGUUUUACCCGUAGCAGCCGUCGGUGUACUGGAAUGGAAGCAGCUAUUUGACAUGGUAUACGACGAUAUUCAGAUCGAGUGCGGGGAUGGAAAGUCGCGGUUUCGUUGGCACCAAAGCGCAAGAAUCGUGAUUGAUAUCGGGAUGAUCGAAAAUGAUACCGAUCUUGAAUCCAAGUUUGAUAUAGUGAAACAGAUAUUAAGGGUACCAGGGCUCCGCAGGCGGAUUCUUGGGUUUCAAAUUGACUCGGGAGACCACUACGUUCCCAGCAAGGAGAUUCCAGUAAAUCGAGAAGAAGCUGCGGUCCAGAUUCCCUUACUUACCCCAAAGAGUAGCACCGAACAAGGUACUCCUAGUUUGCAGCAUGUCUUGUCUCGCUUGGUAUCGAAAAUUUCCAAGCGACUAGUGCUCAACGAAGAAACUCUUCGCAGUAAGGCGACGGAUAUCGAUACCCAUCGGUAUAGGUAUUUCAUUAAUGCCAACCUCUUUAUUGAAAGAUUACUGGACUUGAUAGCGACAAUCAGAGGAGAAUUAGAAUAG